AUGUCGUCGGGACGCAGGUAUGUUCUUCAUCUCUUGCAUCACCAUUAUGUCUUUACAGCCGUAGUAAUAACAGGCGGAGCGAGCGGGAUAGGCGCCGAAGCAGCGAGGCUGUUCACGGAACACGGCGCUCGAGUGGUGAUCACGGACGUGAAAGAUGAACUCGGUCGAAACGUUGCCGUUUCGAUUGGAGAAGACAAAGUCAGCUACGUCCACUGUGAUGUCCGAAAGGAGACUGAAGUCGAAAGCGCCGUUAAGUUCGCGGUCGAGAAACACGGCAGGAUCGACGUUAUAUUCAGCAAUGCCGGCGUACCAGAGCCGCUGCUAGACAUCCGCGACCUCAACCUCGAGGCGUUCGACAGAGUCAUGGCCGUUAACGUCCGUGGCGCGGCGGCGUUUAUAAAGCACGUGGCACGUGCCAUGGUGGAGAAAAAGACUCGUGGGUCAAUAGUGUGCACCACAAGCGUCGCGUCGGUGAUCGCGGGGACGGUGGUGCCGCACGGGUACACUGCGUCGAAACAUGCACUCGUGGGUUUGAUUAGAUCAGCCGCCGGUGACUUGGGAAAACAUGGGAUCAGAGUCAACGGAGUUGCGCCGUUUGGGGUGGCGACGCCGUUGGUGUGCGAGGGUUACAAGAUCAAGAUGGAGGCGAGUGAGUUAGAGGAGAUCUUUAGCGAAACAGCGAAUCUCAAGGGCAUUGUGCUCAAGGCUCGACAUGUUGCGGAGGCUGCACUGUUUCUCGCCUCUGAUGACUCUGCUUACGUUAGUGGACAUAACCUCCUUGUCGACGGUGGAUUCAGCGUCGUAAAGAAUUAAACCAUCCUGGUCUUGGGCUUAACACAGACUAAACCGGAAGUUAUCAUCAGAAUUUUGAGUUAUUUUUUUUUGUUCUUUUAAAUAAAUGAAAACUUCCAUCUCUGUCGAAAAAAAAAAGAGAAAACUUCCAUCUCAAUUUUUGAAGUUGUUUAUUGUUUUGUUCUUUUAACUAAAUGAAAUUAACCUUUAUCUCAAGUUUUAAAGUUUGCUUAUUGUUUUGUUCUUUUAAUUAAAAUGUAUCAACUUUCUCAGCUAAGUGCAACCUUUUUAGUUAUUAUAACCUUUCAUCUUGUUGUUUUGUUAUUUUAAUUAAAACAUUUUGAAUGAAUGAACAUUAAAAAUAAGAUUCAAAUAAAUGGAAUAAACAAAAUUAUAUAGUAAAAACAUGAAAUUUCAUUCCAUGUCAUUCAUGAACUUUUUAAUAAUGAAUUCAUUUUAUUUUAUUCAUGAACUUUUUUAAUAACAAAUUCACUUUAUUUCAUUCAUGAACUUUUUUAAUUAUAAAUGUUGUAUAAUUACAUUUUAUUUUGUUUCAUAUAUCCUACAAAAAUCUUUGAAAUGAAAUAUGUUUUUUAUUCCAUUCAAAUAGUAAAAAAAAUAAAAUAUAGUGGGAUAAGUUAUUCUAUACAAUUUUAUACUUAAAAUUUGUAAUCCAGUUGCACCUUAAAUUAAGUUAUCAAUCAUAAAGUCUCUGGACAUCAAUUGCAACCUUUUCAAUUAACCUUGAUCUCAUCUGUAAAUUUUAAUAUUUGUCUCCAUGUUUAAUUACUUUCACAUCUUCUUGCUCCGUUUUACUGACCUUUUCUUGAUUCCAUAAUUCAUUUCAGUAUAGUUGCCUCACGACUAGCAAGUAUACGUUUAUUUCCUUUUAUCAUAAUGUUGUUGCAUAUCCAACAUUUAUUUAUGUGUAUGGUUGACUGAUUGUUCGUAUAUUUGAAUGUCUGUCAUAUUGGAGAAAAAUGUCAAUCAGGCCACCACGAUCUGAUUUGAGCCAAAACUUGCUUAAAAAUAUUUGCCGAACGAAGUAGUC